AUCUAUGCCACUGACAAAAGAGAAAAACGUCUAGCAACUGACGAGGUUGACACUCAAGUUCAGCAACGAAGAAGGAUACACUAGCCGGCUCCAUCAGGCACUGCAAUCGAUCUUGAAACAAGAUCGCUAAAGCCGAUCUCUGCAUUAUACAUCAGUCCUGGAGAAUGUAUUUGCUUGCCAUUCUCUGCACUCUGAUCGUCGUUCCAGUCGUCAUUCUGGUCAGGUGGAGAAAGAAAACCUUCGAGUACUUCAAAAAUAUUGGAAUCCCUGGACCUGAACCCAACAUUUUCUGGGGAAAUCUUCUGGAAUACCACCGAAAUGGCAGAGACAAUGCUCUGAAGCGAUGGUACGACAAAUACGGCAAGGUGUUCGGGUUUUACAACGGCGAUGUUCCGACUCUCGUGGUCAGUGACAUUGAUUUCUUGAAUUACGUCUUUGUUGAGAACUUCAAAAACUUCGUCGAUCGUGGGAUAACGAUGAGGUCGGAUCAGGAGCAUUCGUUCCUUGGACAGGCCAUCGUUCAUGCCAAGGAACCCCAGUGGCGGAUUCUUCGUAGCAUCACAUCGAAGGAGUUCACUCCGUACAAACUAAGACGGAUGAUGCCACACCUCGUUGAGCAGGGAGACAUCUUCAUGGACAUCUUGGAUAAACUUGCCGGCGAAGGAAGGCAGGCAUCAAUGAAUGACGCGUUCCAAGCUCUAUCCCUUGACUUUGUCUGUCGGGCAGCGUUCGGAAUUGACACCGACUUCCAGCAUAACUUGGCAUGUCCUUUCUAUGUCAAAGCCAAGAGCAUUGUUCCAGGAAUGAUGAAAGGUUUUUUCCACGCUGUUGCACAAUCUUCGACAACACUUGGAAAGGUCAUGAAACCAUUCUUUUGGCUUAACAAAAUGCUGGGAAAUUUUUCCAUGGAAAUAUUUGCUCAAGAGAUGAAGAAAGUUGUGAAACUCAAAACACAAAAUGCGGCGACACGACAAAAAGACAUGCUACAGAACUUUUUGGAAGCGGAUGUGCAUGCCUUUCAGUCCAAGAAUGGAAUGACACUAAAGAACAACAAUAAUUCAGAGAGUAACAAGCUUGAGGACGUUGGGCACCUUUCUGAAGAAGAAGUGGUAUUGCUGACGACAGUUGUAUUGAUUGGAGGCUUUCAGACAACGUCCGUAACGCUCGGCUUCAUCUCAUUGUUACUAGCCAUGCACCCGGAUAUCCAAGAAAAAGUGAGAGGAGAGGUGAAGGCGGCGAUUGAAAGUUCGGGAUGUUUGGAUUAUAACACAGUGAUCCAGAAGCUAAAAUAUACGCGGCAGGUCAUCAAUGAGACUCUUCGAUUGUAUCCACCCUCUGUCACGUUUCACACAAGAACUGCAAAGGAAAGCUUUGAGUACAAAAACAAGACAUUCAAGGCUGGAACAUGUAUAAUGGCUCCCGUACUCCAACUACAUCAAGAUCCAGAUUAUUGGCACGAACCCAGCAAGUUCAACCCUGACAGAUUUGGUCCUGAAAAUGAAGGGCGAUACUGCAAGGCUGCUUUCCAGCCUUUUGGUAUUGGACCACGCUGCUGCGUCGGAUACAAUUUGGCAGUCUUUCAAGUUCUGUACUUCACCGCGAGGAUGGUUGCCAACUUCAAGAUGGAACUCGGCGAAGCCCAGAAGGGUGCCAUUGCGAUACAUAAUGUCGGCAUGAUGACGAUGCUGGAUAAUGGACCUUGGAUAAAAUUCACACGAAUAUAAUAUUGCUGCUUUAACCGCAAGACCAAAAGCAGGGUUGUGCACAACAUUCCUCGAGCGUGUUGCGCCGAGAUGCGCAGCACGGCCGUUACGCUUCAGCUAUGAAGUUACCGCCAUAACAAUUUCAUUUUAUUUCACAGGUUGCUAAUAAAACAUUUUGCUCCUUACA